AGCGGCACGCCGCGCUGGAUCAUCACGCGCACACACAUACGCACACUGACAACAACAGACCGUAGAAUCACAGACGCGUUUUUUUUUCUGGUGAGAGCUAACCGAGUUGUAGUAAGUGAGAGAGAAAAAAAAGAAAGAAAAAAAAAACAUCUCCCAUCUGCAGCCGGGAGGCUUUGAGGAAACGACAAAUCGAGUCAUCAUGUGAAAGAACUUAUUUGGGAAACGGACAAAAGGGCUGGAAUACGAGCAAAAUAGAAAGUAAAAGGGCGUGAGCGGAAUGUCCGUGGAUGAGAAGCCUGAAGCCCCCAUGUAUGUGUAUGAGUCGACGGUUCAUUGUACCAAUAUCCUCCUCUGCCUCAACGACCAGCGGAAGCAGGAUAUCCUGUGCGAUGUGACUGUCCUGGUGGAGGGCAAGGAGUUCCGCGGGCACCGGGCCGUGCUGGCUGCCUGCAGCGAGUAUUUCCUCCAGGCGCUGGUGGGCCAGGCAGAGAAUGGCUUGGUCGUUAGCCUUCCUGAAGAGGUCACUGCCAGGGGAUUCGCCCCAUUGUUGCAGUUUGCCUACACUGCUAAGCUGUUACUCAGCAGAGAAAACAUCCAGGAGGUCAUCCGCUGUGCCGAAUUCCUGCGCAUGCACAACCUGGAGGACUCAUGCUUUCGCUUCCUGGAAGCCCAGCUGCGCAGCGAGGAGGACGGCUUGCUGCUCUGCCGCAAGAUGGCAGCGGAGACGAACAACUCAGAGGAUGAGAGCAUGCAGUCAGAGGCAGUAAGGCCCACUUCCCCCAGGGCGCGGCGGCGUGCCGAUGCCCUCACCUCCUUGCGACACCCUGACGAUGAGCGGGUAGCCAUGCCUAUGCCCGGUAACUUCACGGACGGCCGGCUGGACUUUGAUCGGCACGGAGCGUCAGACCUGCCCCGAUGCCCCAAAUACAGGAAAUACCAGUGGGCUUGCAACAAGCACAAUAACGACACCUCCUCACACACCAGUACCUCAGGUUUUCCAAGCACAUUAAAGGAGAGCAGCGUUAGCGGGGCAGUGCCGGGCCAGGACAGGCUGCCAGUGGCCCAGAUCAAAGUGGAACCACGGGCAGAGGAAGAGGCCAUCUCAUUGUGCCUGUCAGGGGACGAGCAGGAUGCCAGGGAUAAGGACAGUAUGACAGCCAUGGAGAUGGACAGCCCCAUGUCUGUGGAAAGAACCAAGAGAACCAAGUCCCCGUCCUGUCUCCGAGCCUUCUUCAAGAAAGGGGUGGACCUCCCCAGUCUGCCCAAUACAUCGCAGCAGCUAUUCGCGAACAGACUCGUCUGCCCCCAGGACAAAGGAACCUCUCAGGGAGAUCAUAAAAAAGACUUCAGGCCUUUCACUGGGGAGCUGGGCCUGUCUGUUACAUCCCCAAAGGACGUGGACGGUUUCCCUGCAGGCUUGUCCCUCAAGUCUGCCUCCUGUGAUGGGGUCUGCAAACAGGAAGGUGAGCUAGACCGCCGUAGUGUCAUAUUUUCCUCAGGGGCCUGCGACCGUCUGGGAACCCCGGCGCAUUCCUACCCUGGUGGGAACUCUUUGGAGAUGGAGCUCUCUGAGCACACGCCAAAGGGCCUGUGGGCCGGAGCCAGCCAGUCCCUCCCCACCUCCCAGACCUACUCUCCCAGCACCACCUCCACUGAGCCCCCAAUCCUGUGCCGUCCACGGUCCAUCACCAGCUGCCCAGUGCCAAUCAAAGUGUGCCCGCGCUCGCCGUCUUGUGAGACACGCACCAGGACUUCCAGCUCCUGCUCCUCUUACUCCUACGCGGAGGACGGCAGCGGCGGCUCGCCCUGUAGCCUGCCCCAGUUUGAGUUCUCCUCCUCGCCGUGCUCCAAUGUGGCGCGCUGCCUCAAUGUGGACCAGCAGGAGCAAAGUGUGGGAGGGGAUGCCCUUUUCAACCAGGUGCGGCCCAAGAUCAAAUGUGAGCAGUCCUACGGCACCAACUCCAGCGACGAGUCAGGCUCCUUCUCCGAGGGAGACAGCGAGUCCUGCCAUGUACAGGAGCGGGGGCCAGAGGUGAAGCUCCCUUUCCCUGUAGAUCAAAUCACAAAUCUUCCACGGAACGACUUCCAAAUGAUGGUAAAAAUGCACAAACUGACCUCAGAGCAGCUUGAGUUCAUCCACGAUGUGAGGCGGCGAAGUAAGAAUCGCAUCGCAGCACAGCGCUGCCGCAAGAGGAAGCUUGACUGCAUCCUGAACUUGGAGUGCGAGAUAAGAAAACUGGUCUGCGAGAAGGAGAAGCUGCUGACGGAGAGGAACCAGCUGAAGGCUUGCAUGGGCGAGCUGUGGGAGAACUUCUCCUGCCUGUCUCAGGAGGUGUGCAGGGACGUACAGCUGAGCCCGGAGCAGGUCCAGUCUUUACACCACUACUGCCCUGUCGUGCGGCCCGCCAACUCCACUGCCAGCAACAACGCUGCCCCCGACCCCAAGCCCUCCAACACCAACACCAACACCAACCCCAAGUCCAAGCCCGACCCUCCGGCGCCCAGCCCCGCCGCCACCAGCAUCGACCUCACCACCCGCUCAGGCUCGGCCACACCGGAGCCCAGCUUCCUCAGGUCGCCCGGCCCCUCGGAGAGCGAGCCCGACCCGGCCGCCCGGAACGGGGCGGACGGGCCGGUCAAAGAUAUGGACGGCCAGGACGCCAGCUUGUACAUGGAGUCAGGGCUUUCCUUGGAGAAAUCCAACCAGACGGUAACGGUCGAUUUUUGCCAGGAAAUGACUGACAAGUGUACAACUGACGAGCAGCCAAGGAAGGACUGUACGAAGUAACGGUGGUUAUCUGUGUUGUUCUUUUUGAUGUUUUUUUUUUUUUUUUUACUAUUUAAUUUGAGUUUUACUCUUCUGACAAACCCUUUCUCGGGGUCGUUGAGAUGGUCAGCCUCUGCCAGUGUUCAUUGAAAAAAACAAAAACAAGCUUUGUUUGUAUUUAUAUGUCUUUUUGUGCUGUCUUUUUUUUAAAAAAAAGGUUGACACUAAAGUUGUCUUAACAGCAGCAAUACUGUUCUCCAGGUAUUCUCCUCUUACCAUGACAGAGUGGGAGCUUCUCACCAAACCCUUACAAUGGUGCUAUACUCGCCCCGGCAGCAACCUCUGCAGUGGAGACACUGUUUCUCAUGUAUGACAGCCUACUCACCACAGGGACGGGCAAAGAUCACAACUCAAAGUCAAACCUCAUCGGACCUAACAGCAGCUCUCUUUGUCUUUCUGUGUCUACCAAUGGUAUAUAAUCUCUGUUUUCUGCCUUUCACAUUUCUCUCAUUUUCUCUCUCUGUUUUCCCACUCUGUCACUGUCUAUCAAUCUUUUCUACCUCUCUCUCUCUCUCUCUCUCUCUCUUUCUCUUUCACUCUCUUUUUCUCCUUCUCUCUCUCUCUCUCUUUACGGUGUUCUCGCUAUUUUUCUCAGUGGCCCUCGUCACAGCAAUUCAAACUCAGGAAAAUCUUCUGAAUGUUCAACCUAAUUCAUGAAAAAUGAGAAUACAGCUUCUGUACAUGAGAAAUUUAUGAUGCAGUUUGACUGUAAAUGUUCAUAUGCAAAAAUGUCUUCGGCGUCUCACAUUUGUAUUUCUGUACAGGAGAACUUUGUACAGGUUGUACCUAAACAUUCCUCCUUUGCCUUCCUCAGCACUGAAUUGAAAGUGAAAAAGAAUGAUUUUUUUUUCUUUUCUUUUUCUUUUUUUUUUUUUUUGCAGGCGGUUAAAUGGCUAUUUUCCCACUCAUCAGCAAUACCAUUGUAUUUGGAUGUUGUAAUGGUGACUUUCAAGUGCUUGUUUGGCAGAACGUAUAAUGUAUAUAGUAUGGAGCAUGAUGGCUGUAACAGUGAUAUUGUACAGGUAGAGGCUUAGAUGUUUCUUUCUCACCGGGGUUUUGUCAAGCACCUUUUUGCUAAGGGAAAAUAUUUGCUUUGCUGUUUCCUGUCCUGCCUAAAGGAAUAUUCCCCGUCACGGUGGGUGUUCUUAUACUCAGGAAAUCAGCUUGAUACACAUGUUGACAUACACAUACAUACAGACACGUUCUUCAACAUACAUGAAUUUUUUAAAACACAUUCGGCAAACGCCUAAACGUGAUUUUUGAGCCCCAUGCAUGUUUUAAAAAAAAAAAAAAAAAUUGACAUUCAUGACAUGUUUUGAACAUGUGGCUCAAGCCACCGCCUCUCCACCUUUGACUCCUCUUUAAAUGUGAAAAGAGUUCCGCCUUGUGUUUUUUUUUUUUUUUUUUUUUUAGAGGAAAUCUUACUUCUUAUCAGUAUUUAAAGAUGCUAUGUGUACACUCUCGCAGACACACUUUGAAUCUCUUCAGUGUUUGAUACUCAUCGACGUCUCAUCAAUAAGCACGGCCAACAUCUCAAACUGAGUCGCAGAUACUUUUGACAUUUUCAGAUUGAUCCUGAAAAAAAAAAAAAAAAUCUAUCGACAAAAUAAUAUUUUAUCAAAUAAUCUCACCAGAAUUUGAGCUUAGUUUAGGCACUUUGUUUCUGGCCCAGUUAGCACUUCAUCAAGGGUUUUUUUUUUUUCUUAGUUUCAGAACCCUUAAAAGUCUGAAACUGGAGCACUUAAUUUGGCACUUCAAAAAAAAAAAAAAAACAUCGUAUUGAUAUAACUAUAUUGCUAUAAAGUAAAGCUAUCUAUGAAGAACAUGUAUCUGAAACGUAAACAGGUCUUUUAACCCAAAAGGAAGCUAAUGUUAUAAAGUAUGGGAGUGUUCACAUCUUAUAUUUGUAUUUCUUUAGGAAUUGAAUAAGCUAAUUCAGACUUCAUUUGACGUGAAAGCAGUGUAUGUGUUGUCAAAAUGAUUGAAUAACAAUCAUAUAAGAUAGUAACAUGUUUGCCCUAAUUGUACAUUUGUUGGAACAUCCUAUUUUGUGAUGUGCAUGCAUGCUGCCUAUAGCUAUAAGCCUAGUUAGUUUGUCUAGCUUAUGUUUGCCUCGCAAGUUCUCUUUGGAACAGUCUGCUUUUUAAAAAUGAUCUUUUAAAAUUUCUAUGUAAAAACGAAAUCAAACAAAUCAGCGUCAGUACAGACAAAGAGCCAUAAUCUAUGACCAGGAGUGAAUUCAAUUGGAAUAUGAAGCUUAUUCAUAGCUCUUUAAAGCCCCAAUCCAUAAGUGUAGCGUGGCGCCCCCUGUUGGAACACCAUCACUUUUAAUGUACUGGAUUGUAAAUUGAUCACUGAACACAGGAGAGUUUGUUCAUACACUCAUUUGAGCAAACACAAAAAAAUUAUAUGUAUUUUAUAACUGUAAACCCUCUGUUGGAUUGACGAUUCUUGUAAAAAUUGAGGUGAACAGACCUGCAUCUUGAGUUUAUGUGCAUUUCAUAAAUGACAUCGACUUUGUUUUUAACUUAUAAAUUGAAACUACUGGAAGAUUUAUGUGAAUAUUUCCCCAAAAAAAAAAAAAAAAAAAUGCCGAAAUAAACCUUGGAUUGAGGCUUUAAGGUUUGGAUGAAAUUGUGGAGAAAAAAAGAAAAGAAAAGAAAAAAAAACACAGAAAACCCAUCUGAUUUCCUGUUCCCCGACUCUUCUUCUUGUAAAUUUUUAGAUUUAGUCCAAAUGAUCUCACAUGUUAAAAACUGUUUCUGUUAUAAGCUUAACAGAGUAAGUUUAAGUGUAUUUGAUAAUCUUAUCUUUAAAGUUUCUAAAGACUAUUGUCCCUUCUUUGUAGAAUCUUACACACACACACACACACACUCUAACACACAUACACACACACACACACUUGUUGGCACAGCCUGAGUACGGAGCAGUUGUGUUUCUUUGUUGAUUGAUGUGAUUUCUCGUGUUUGUGAGGCCCUUUUUUUCCUCUCUGUGCUCUAUUCAUUCUUGUUUGCAUUUUUUUUUUUAUUGGAGUAGUUUUUCCUGCUGUAGAAACUCUACCAGGUUCAAGCCAGGAAAUUAAAGUGAAAUGGUCUACAUUGACAGAAGUCUCUUUUCUGCAAACAACUCCGAAUCUGUUGAUCUACUUUCCCUUUUUUUUUUUUUUUUUUUUUUUUUUUUUGGUUUGAACUAAACUUUGGAAAGUCUGCUGCUCCACUUUCGAGAGUGCAGACUCAUCAGGCUUUACAGUUACCAGAUACCUUUGUCUGUUCAGUGUUUUGGGGAAAAUAUAUAUUUGAAUUUGUGAAAUUUACGCCCCCUGACAAAGCUCAAAUCUCAACUUUGGAUGUCCUAAUAACGCUGAUCGCAGUCCGAGGUGAUUGUGACGAGUGCAUGGGAUCAUUUUGUUUUGCAGGCCUACUGUAACGUUUUCGAAUCGCUCAACAUUGUUAGUUUGACUAAACGAGACGCUUAAUUCUUAUCAAGGCAAAAAGAAACAGAUGAAGGGAUGAUGCAAAAGAGCCGAGGCUGUCGAAGCACACACCAUCCGGUCGAAAAAAAAAAAAAAAAAGCUUGCGUCCAGACCUGCUAAGCCUCCGAGUCUUGCUGAAUAUUGGGGUCAAAGUGCAGUAAGAGACAUCCUCAGCGUCACCCAAUUGGAUGAAUCCACGCGUCAUCAUCUCAAUCACACCUUGAAAAAGUCCGGUUUACACCAUCGAGACUAUCAUUUCCACGGUCGUUCUCUUUUAAUGUCUCAGGGUGCCAAGUAUUUUACAUUUCUCUCCAUAUCAGAGUCUGAAGCAGACUUUUGUAUAUGUUGAUAGUUUGUUUGCUUACGAGCAAAAAAAAAAAAAAAGAAGAAGAAAAAAAAAGGUUUUGUUGACUUGCUUUGUUUGAGAAUCGGAAAAAAUGGUUACAUAGAUUUGUUAACAUUGUUUAAACUAAAAUCUUUAAGCGGAUGUACCAGUGAUUAUGUAAUCCUGAGCAUAGAAAAGUCCUAAAGCAAUUUUAAUGAAUUGAAUUGAAAUUAGAAUAUGAAAAAUCCAUCAAGUUACUUUUAUUUUGUACAAGCCAAACUUAAAAAAAGAAGAACAUGCAUUGGAUUUGUGGUCAUGGCCAUUACAGUGGACUGGUUUAAGUGAACAAUUUCUGCUGUUGCUGUAACUCUGUGUAUAAUUGAAUGCUCUUACCUUUUUGCAGUGUAUUUGUCUUGUUUAGUUUGACUCUUUUUUUUUAUUAUUUGUUUGUUUGUUUGUUGCUGCUUCUCUGAAACAAACACUGGCUCUUCAACUCCAAAGGUUGUUCUAAAGGAAUAUGAACAAAACUUGCCUUUCUCACAGAUUGCUCAACUUUAUAAUAAUCUGAUAUCCUGGUUGAAAGUGCAGGCUGAGAUCAUUGAGUAAAAGAUAUAUAUAAGAAAAAAAAGAAGAAUAUGUUUACAAAAAGGUGUCAUGUCGUGUUUUGAUUGAUUUGCCAUGUAAAAUUGUUAGGUUCAAUUGGACUGGUUUUGUAAAGAGACAAAUGAGUUUCCUCACCUUGUCUUUAAUCCAACUUUUGGGAUGGUUCAGCAUUACAUGGAUACAAGUGCACCUCCGAUAUUUGCCUUAGAACUUGCAGAGGCCAUAGUUCACAUUCAAGUGAAGUGAGUGUAUGCAGGGGCCUGGGCCCCCAUCCCCGAGUCACCAGUGCGGACUUUCUCACACUUAUCUACCUGUGAAAUCCUUCAUACCUCUCAUAACUGGUCAAUGACUGUAUCAACAAACUGCAUCAGGUGUUUUUCUACAUGCUUUUUACACAGAUUAUAUGGAUUAUUGUAUUAGUAGAUUUUGGUGCAUCAUUUUUAAUGUAAUAGCUCUUAAGCUUGUAGUCAAAGUUGUUUUUUUUCUCUCAUUUUUCUAGAUGACUGUUUUGUGUUAAUAUUGUCAAUUUGAAAUAGCUGUUAUUUGCUUAUUCUCUACUAAGAGUUCUUACCUUUAUAAUUUUUAAAUGCUACAUGACCCUAAUGAAUUAAAAUGACUUAAUAACCAUUGUAAAUACGGUAUUGUGCAAACCCCAUUUUCAUUCAUUUCAAUUGCUAGUGUUACAUAAAUGACUUUUUUGUCUAGACACCAUUUCUGUUUAUGAAAUAAAGAAACAUAUCAUGCA